UAUAACAUAUGUUAUAUUUACAUGGAAGUGCAUAUCAGUCUCAUGUUUUUUUAUGGUUGAUUCAUUCAAUACUAUCACAAAAAUAUGGGAUUUGGGUAUAACAUCUCAAUAUCAUCCUUGAAUUUCCCCAUUGGAUACACUGGGAUAGUAUGGAAUUUGAAACAAUCACAAACAUAUGUUGGCAUUACAAGGCAAGAUACAAUGACAAUAUGGAUUGGAUAUUCAAAUAUGGAUUGUGAAUACCGCUCCAGUAAGAACUGCCGGUGACCAAUCACCCUGUACUCACUGUAAGAUUCCUAUAAACUAUGUGGAUCUCCUUCCUGGUCAUCGUUAUUGCUCAAUAUGCUGGAGCCACAGAGUACGCUCAUGGAACUGUGACGCCAGGCGGUGGAGAGAUUGCUCCCAUAGACAUCGCCCUUGACGAGGACUCCAUGUUGACCUACCCAGGAAUACCUGAUCCUCCUCAAGACUGCUUCAAACAAACAAUCAACUUCCAUGACUUUCAAAAGGGCCUAGUGGCUAUAAAGAUUAUUGAGAAAAGCACAUGUUUUGUGAAGAAAUCGGACGAGACUUAUGAAGAGAUCAAGCAGAUCGUCGAUGACAUACACCAGGGACAAACAGCCCCAUUGAUUCAAGCGACGGAGGAGUGGGCAAUUCCUACCUCACCAAUACCCAAUGAAGAGGUCGUGGAGAGAGUGGGCGAGAAGAUCGCAAACUUCUGUGAUGGAUAUGACAUCUAUUCACUUGAGGAUGCACAGGUCAUCCAGGCUGCCAGAGAUGUACCCAGAUCAAAAAGUCAGGUCGUCAAAAGAAAGAUUGCUGGAGAUGGAUGGUGUGUGCUUUGUAUCAAAUGCAAAAUCACCAUAUGAUUGUCCUGACUGUCCAGAUCUCAAUAAAACUUGAGUCAAUCA